AUGAUUCCAUCAUUGAGGACACUCGGAGGAUACGUGUGGAAAUUCCCCAACCACAUAACCAGAUGCCAACGCGCCAACUUGCGCAAGAGAUCAUUGCAAGUCGACGAAAACAUUGAACAAAUAUACCAGGGUUUAUAUCAACAGCAGAAACUACAGCAAGAGCAAAUCGAAGCGGGAGUCGUCAUCAAUACGGGUCCCAAAGUGAAAAUUUUCAAUCAGGAUCAAGGUCGCACCGGUGAAAAGCGAGUCGAUUUCCACAAGUUUGAGUAUCCUAAAUUCUUGCUGUUGAGUCAACGUGACAAGUACUUCACUUUUAAUCGUAAUGCUAAAAACUAUAGGAAACCUAUUCAUCGGGUGCCGAAAUGGACCAAGACUUCAUUUAGAGAAAAUCCAAAGUACUUCUAA